AUGGUCAAGUCUGAACCUGACCUCAUGGACCACGAUCUAAUCGAUGUGCCGGGUCCAGUGCCCACAACCAAAAAGGUGAUGGAAUUAGUCGCCUUUUUGAAGGCUCAACUGGAGCCCUUCUCCGGCUUAACCGGAGAAGAUUAUGAGGAAUUCGCGCGCGCUUUCGUAAGCGCGGUCAACCGGCACCCAACUGGGGUGCCGCGAGAUCAGGUUGGCUACCUGCUGCCCAUAUUCUUGAGGGGAAAUGCCCUGGUGAAAUAUAACCAGCUGGCCCUGGAGGAUCAAUUGGAUUACUCCAAAGCCAUCAGGAAGUUAGGCUUGUACUUCCUGAAGCCGCUGGAUCCUAUGACCAGCUGGGUCGAGCUGAAGGCAGUCUGUCAAUGGGCAGACGAACCAGUCGUGGAAUACUACGACCGGUUCCUGAAGAAGGCGCGUGCCGCCUGCUUGAAAGAGGACCCGGAUGAAAAUCCGAUGGUGCUCGCCAUCUUCAAGGCUGGGCUGGUGGAAAGCCUCAAGGAAAGGCUGCUUUAUGAGAAAAAUCCGCCAACGUCGCUCGUCGCGACAUUAAAGGAAGCUCUCCGUCUUGAAAGCCUGAGCCGUAGUUUGAAAGCCACGGCCGCCAGCACCGAAAUGACGCUUCAGCUGAACGCAAUCACCGCGAGACUAGACAGCCUGGCGCUGGCCGGCGGUCAGCGUUAUCAGGACCGAGGGCCCCGUCCAUUCCGUGGGCGCGGCAGAGGCCGUGGCCGUGGAGGUCGUUUUGGGAACGGCGGAGGUCGCCGCGACUUACAGGACAGGAAUGGAAAUUCCGACCGGCGAGAGCACCGGGAAGAUGCGAAUGCGAACCGUGGACGCCAGGGAGCGCCUGGAAAUCGCAUGUUGAAUGCGCUCGCCCAGACACUUGGAUUUGUUGCUAUGUUGGCAAUGAUCUUCGGCAUUGUGCCGAUGGCUGAAGCUUAUCAAAUAUGUGGCCUGCAAAAGCAAGGUGAUUGGUUUGAGGUACCGAAACUAGAGGCUUGCCAAGUGGCCGAAGAAGAACCUGUGUGGGAAGGCAAGGCGGAGAUUUUCAAGGAAGUUCUAAUGCCCCAGGUCAUUAAAGCACACCGAUGCCAAAUUGUAAAUGCUACUAUGUCGGUGCCUUCCAUCUUCUCCUUUUUGCGCUUGCUAAGCGAGGAACCGUAUGAUGUUCUGGCCGUACACGGGUACGUAACAACAGUUGAGGAUUGCCAGACUAUGGUCCGCGAGCUUAAACUCCGCGAUACCCCACUAGUAAAGGUGGCUCCAGGAUAUUUUCGGAGCGAAUUGAAAACGGUGGAAUACUUGGGGAGCAAAAGGAACAAAAUUGCGCAAUCGGUUGUAUUUGGAGAGACCGAGAUUGCGGUGACUCCGCAGGGACAUCUCUUAUCGCCGGCUGGGCGCCUGGAUGGCUGCCGGAUGGAUACGGGAUCCUGUCAAGCCGAAAAUGCCACAUUCAUUUGGACAAUGACCGAGCAGGAGGUGAUGCGGUGUCCUUAUCAGUCGGUUGGAACUUUUUCGACGAGUUUGACGCGAAAUAAGAUCCUGAUUAAGGAGCAAAACCUCGCCGCCGGGGCGUUCCGCGAAAAAGAGCUUCGAGAUAUGUGGAAAGCCCAGCUGAGAAGCUUGCCCGAAGGCCCUGAGAAAGAUAAGGCCUGGAGUGAAGCGCAGCUCCCAACCCAUCGGUUUGAUACUAUUUUGGAACAGGAGUUCGGAGCCGCGCAGAUUUUGCGUGAUUUAGAUGAAAUCCUAAAGCGCAGGGAGAUCGAGAGAAUUGACUCGAUUACUGAUCGCAUGGUGCCGAGAAGGCCAAAUUUGGUAACUCGCGUGCCGCGCCAAAGUUAUCAGGAAGCCCUCGAGAAGGCGCACAAAAAAUCGGACGCAGCUGUUGCUGCCGGAGAAGUGCUAACAGAAUAUUAUGAGCAUUUGAAUGGGCACUCCGAAAGACAGCGAGAGGCUGAUCGGCAAAGGGAUUACCAUGGAAAAAUCCAAUAUGCCUAUGAAAGCCAUGCGUUGCAGUCAAAAAAGGAAUUCAAACGAGUAUUUGAAGAGCUCUGCAACUUGUAUAACAAUCAGUUGGCAACCCAGCUAAGUCUUUUGAAAACGGACACGACUACCGGUGCCAGACUGCUCCUGAAGAGGAAUGAUAUUGCGGCCUAUAUGGCUGGAGAUGCGCUCCUUAUCACGCAAUGUCAACAAGUCAACGAGACACUGGUCUUUUGGAAUCACACGGUUGAAGGCCGGUGCUUCUCUAAUCUGCCUGUUCGUGUGGGAGAGCGAAUGUACUUCGCAUUGCCCGGAAGCCAAGAUUUGGUCACGACUUCCCCUGAAGUUCCGUGUCAUUUGCUGCCAACGAUGGUUUACAAAUCAUCCGGGAAAUACAUGGCUAACGGCCAAGAGAUUACGGUCAGGUAUAUUGAGAGGGAGCAAGUCCGAGGAUCCGAAUUUGCUGAUUUAACAUUUGGAGCACCAAGUGUCUUCUUGGACGAGAUCGAUGGAAACUUGCCGAUCUCUUACGUAAAUGCUGUGCUGAAUAAAAUGGCUAUUGUGGCCGACCGACAAAAAAUGCUGAACGGAGCUCUAGUUGAGAGAGGCGUUAUAAAUCUGCCGGACAUUACGCUGCCUUCUCUGAAUGUGUCAGGUGUCCCGAACGCUGUUUCGGGCACGGUGAGCGGAAUUUUUGGCGGUGUGAGAGAAAAGGCGGCCGAAGCCCUGAAUGAGCUCAAGAACGGUAUUCUGAAAAGCAUUUUGUAUGUCGUUCUGCCAGUACUUGGACUAUUCCUGUUGUUGGUCCUGAUUUUCUUCGGUUUCAAAUGUUAUUUGAGUCGAAAGGUGGCCGUGGUUGGUGCCACCACCUUGUUGGACUUGGCGAGGAAAGGAACGCCCAGAAUGAGACAAGCAGUAUUGAGACUGGCGAGAGGAUCUCAAGGGGCCUUAAAUGUGUUGGAAAUGGAAGAAGGACUGAUGGAAGAUGCCCCGCCCAGGAGAGCUAGGCGACCUUCACUUCUGUCCAUGCCGGAAUUAAAUCACCUAAUAUGCAUGUCGGUCGAUUCGGCGCAGCUACCGUAUGCGGCUGUGAAUGUGAAUAACAAGAAGGUGUUCUCGCUCGUGGAUACGGGUGCGAAUCUCUCGUUUAUUUCAAGGCAAACUUGUGAUGCGCUCAAAGUCCGAAUCGAGAAAGGUCCCGUUAUGUGGGCUAAGGCAGCCAACGGAACACUGUGCCGGUUCCAAGACAAGGCGAAUCUGAUUCUGACGCUUGCCGGCCAGUCGAUCUCAAAGAAGAUUUGGAUCACGGAUCAGGAAAAUCCGCCGGCGCCCAUGCUUCUGGGGACGGAUACACUGAAGAAGUUUGGAGUAAUUUCCUUCGACUUUAAUAGAAAUACCUUGGCAAUAAAUGGAAAGAGUGUUCCUUUGAUCAAGCGCAAUCAAAUGCGUGAAUAUGAGGUUGCCGUGACUGAAAAGGUUGAAAUCCCUGCCGGUGGAGUCGUUCAGAUGCUCUGUGACACGACUGCCUCAGACGUAGACUACGGAUCGGAAGUCUAUAUAGAAGGCAUCCAUUCUCACGGAGGCACCGGAAAGGAUGACGAGGCAUAUCGUUUGUAUUUGAUCGCUCAAGCUGUUGAUACGAUCGGCAAUAACGGGAAAGUGUGGACUCGAAUCUGGAAUUGUGGCCGAGGUGCCAUUACAUUUCAUUCGAAUCAGAGGAUUGCCACGGCCAAGAAUUACAACGACAUCGUUUGUCACAUGUCCGGUUUCGUGGAGGGUGAACCAGAAUCGCCCGAACUGCUUGAAGGCGCGUAUACGGACCUGGGUGAGUUGCCCUCGAAUGAGAACUGGUUCGAGGAGUUGAACCUCGAGAAAUCGAACCUCUCGGCUCAAGGACAGAGUCGGCUCAAGGAGAUCAUUCUGAAGCAUGAAGCUGCGUUUGUUACGGAUGGCCGGAUUGGACAUUUUACUGGAAAGACUCGGCACAGAAUCGAGCUGGAGCCAGACUAUAAAAUGCCAACCGCGAGGCCCUAUCCAACAAAUCCGAUGAUGAAGCGGGAAAUUGAGAAGCAGCUCGAGACUAUGGAAAAGAACGGCGUAAUUGAGCCGUCCACAAGCCCAUUUUCCUCCCCAGUUUUGCUUGUGCCAAAGACUGGAGAUUAUUCUAAAUUGGCGGAAUCUCUGACAUCAAUGACAAAGAUGGUUGCAUCUUUGAAGGGCGUGCAGAACGACAAGAAGAAGUUGGCUCUUGUCUAUCAAGAGCACGGGAAAAGGGAAAUUGAAUGGAACGAAUCGUCCCUGGAAGCUUUCGACAAACUUAAGAAAGCCAUGACCGAGGAACCUGUACUGAUGAGUCCAGAUUUCUCAAAGCCGUUCCGGCUAGAGUCUGACGCCUCGAUCAAAGGGCUAUCUGCUAUUUUAAUGCAAGCCGACGAUGAAAAACGCUGGCAUCCAAUCUCGUACUGGAGUCGUCCUACCAAAGGCCAAGAGCCAAAAUUCCCGCCCAUCGAGCUGGAAGCUCUUGCUUUGCUAGGUGGCCUGCGUAAACAUCAUCAGUAUAUCGUCGGAGCCAAGGUCGAAUGCGUAACUGACCAUUCCCCUCUUGUGUCUCUGUUGACGCGCAAGGACGUUACCGGACGCCUAGCCAAGUAUCAGGCCCAAUUGGGAGCCUAUGACUUGACUAUUGUAUAUCGGAAGGGCUGUCACAACCAUGUGGCGGAUGCAUUGUCUCGAUCUCCAGUGGAUCUGGAGGUUAAUGCCGUCAAUGUGGCGACCGAAAGCGUGAUUGCACGUAAUCUGGGCAAGGUUCGGAAAGAACAGUUCGCAGACGCCAAAUUGAGGCAGAUCAUUGAUGACAUCAAGAAUGGCAUUGAUAACGAUGCGAAUGAGAAAUAUUUGGUAAUACAGAAUUUGCUGUAUUACGUGCCAAUUGGGCCGAACGAUAGUCCCCGGCUCGUGAUCCCCGAGAAAUCCGAGCUGCGAUGGGCCAUCGUCAAGCAAGUUCAUAAUGCUAUGGACGAGGCCGCUCACCUUGGAAUCAAGAAAACCAAGGACCGAAUUGCAGAGUGUGCAAUUUGGAAUCACAUGGAGCAAGAUAUCACAUCUUUCGUGAAUGGCUGUCUCCCCUGCCAACGCAGGAAGGAUCCACGGCACUAUUCAAUUCGAUUGCCGUUGGGACAAUACGAUCCGCCACGGAAUGUGGGCGACCGCCUUCACUUGGACGUGUUGGGUCCCUUGCCAAUGACGGCGAGGAAACACAAGUAUGCGGUCGUAGCCGUCGACGCCUUUAGCAAAUACGUCUUUACUAAGGCCGUCGAGAGACAGACCGCUGAGGAAAUGGUGGUUUUCUUGAGCGAAAGCGUGCUUGCUUUUAUCGGCUGCCCAACGACGAUCGUUACGGAUCAGGGAGCGAAUUUUGUCGGCGAGACAUUCCGUUCGUGUCUGCUCACGUACGGAAUUGAGCACUUGAUUACCUCGCCCUACCACCACCAGGCGAAUGGCCAAGUUGAGAGGACCAAUCGAACCCUGGAAACGGCCAUGACUCCGUACCUCAAGGACCGUGAUUGGGAUAAUGUGCUUCCCUUGGUCACGACCGCCAUCAAUCGUUGUGUUCACGAAGUGACUGGCGUGAGUCCGGCCCGCGUUCUUUUCGGGUUCAACCCGACGUCUCCGUUCGAAGCCAAACUGGGCAGACCACGGAAGACGUUUGCUUCUCCCUCUGAGUAUUUGGAGAAACUAGAGGGAUAUGUGUACGAAUUGCGCGCCAAAGUUGCUGACAAAUUGGAAGCUGGUCAUGAACGUCAGAAAGACUAUUUUGAUCAGAAGUGGAACGUGAAAAUGAACGUCUAUGAUGUCGGCGAUAAGGUAUUGCUCAGGCGCGAGACGGCCACUAAGCUGGAAUACCAGUUUAGCCGACCAAUGAUCGUGAUUGAUAUUCUUGGGAACAACUUGGUGCUCGAGGAUCCUGUUAGCAAGAAGCGCACGAUUACCCAUGCGAACCGUGUGAGACGGUACAACGAGGGGCCGGCGGGGCGCGGCCUUCCCAUUGGCGGGGGGCCCCCUCAUCCGCUUGAUGCGAAUCUCGAGGAGGAAGAUGAAGAAGCAGACGACGACGACGACGACCCCUACCUCGCUGCCUCCCUGGACAUCUCUACUAGGCGUGUACGCUUUGCGGAUGGGCGC